GCGUAUUUUUGUUGGUGGGAGUGAAGCAGAACACAAGAGUUGGAAGAGAGAAACGGUUGUGUUGGUUGUGUCUGACGACGUGAAGCCGCCGGCUGCUGCUGCUUCAUCCCCGCAGGUGGUGUCAUCACAUCAUCGUUGUGGUGUGUGACUGCGACACCACCGGCUGGGCGUAUUCACACACAAACACCGACGCGACACAGCAAGCAAGCAUGCUGGAACCCGAUCUCGAAGCUGUACUCAGGCAGCAUCGCAACAGCACAGCUGCACCCAUUGCAAUUGCACGUGUCGCUCCUGGUCGCAGUCCUCAGAGAGGAAAGCCAGCAGAUGGGUUUCUUGAGCUCGAAGCUGGUCAUGACAUUGAAAUUCUAUCAAUGGACCGCGGUCCAAGCGGUGCGUGGGUGGCAAGGGAUCACGCAGGUGCCGUAGGUUUCGUGCAUUGCAACGAUGUCAUCGUGCAGCACUUUGACCUCGACCAAGACGUGCUGGUUGAAAUGCUGCACAAGGCUCGCGUCGAGGCGACGCAGGAAGCGCUACGGCCAUCUUCCACCUCCCCCGCAUCAUCCUCACGCUCUUCCCUAUAUGCGCUCAACACGCGAUCGCCAACCCCAAUGUCCUCACGUCCUGCCUCGUCACAAUCGCGGCGCGCAAGGCGAAAAUCAUCAUCUAUGAUCCAUCGUCUCAUCUCCCGCCCCAACUCGCUCAAUCUCGAGCCAUACGAGAUGUGCAACUGUCUCGAGGAGCGACGUCGAAGCAUCACCAUCGGCUCUGCAAAUGCCAUCAAAACACACAAGCGAGCGCCUCCAGGGUAUCUGGAACUGUCAAAGGGCGACAGCGUGGAGGUGCUGGCCACCAAAGUCGACCAACUGCCCGCUGGAGUGUGGAUUGGGCGUGAUGCGAGCGGGCGCGUCGGGUUUGUUGACAGUUCUGAUCUGCACAUGGCACUCGGCUAUCUCAAGUUUGGCCAGGACCUCAUUGAGUCAUACAAGGGCACACGCAGACGCGUGCCAAAGGUGGUUGCCAGCUGCGUGGCAUUCCUCACGAAAUAUGGUCUGGAGCAAGAAGGCGUUUUCCGCGUCCCGGGCAGAACGGCCCUGAUUGAGGAGCUUCGUGCUGGAUUUGAGAACGACGUUGACAUGCUGAAAGAUGCGACGCCGCUUGACUUCAACGUGUCUGCCGUCGCUGGCCUGCUCAAGCUCUUUCUUCGCGAGCUCCCAAACCCAGUCUUCACCCGAAAUCUCCACGACACAUUCAGAGAAAUUGCCCGCCUGUCAAAUGAGGAUGAUCGCAUUGCACAGCUGAAAGAGACAAUUGCAAAUUAUCUUCCAACCGCACACACAGAAGUCUUGCGCGACGUUCUGAAUCUCCUCCACGCGGUUGCUGAGCGCUCCGAGAUCAACAAGAUGUCUGCUGCAAACCUCGCGGUUGUGUUUGCUCCAACGCUCAUGCGCAAGGGCUCAAACAAGCCGCCUGCGCAGCUUGAUAGCGCGGACGCGUUGGAGGCGGCGAUGCAGGACGACCAGCUGGUGAAGGACCUCCUUGUCACCUGCAUUUCUCGCGUCGGCGACAUCUUCCCAGACGACCCCACACCGCGAGAUGGAUCGCCAUCACCGUCGUCGUCGUCGUCGUCGCUGCGGGUGGAGCCGUGGCGGCGGGUGUACAUCCGGCGGCAGCUGAGCCAGAGCCCACACAGCGCCUCCUCCUCGGUUGACGAGGGCGACGCGCUGCGACGCAUGAGCAGCGGCAGCGCGCUCUCACCGUCGUCACACUCUGCGCACGCCACCCCGGUCGCCACUUCCGCAACGGCGACGACAACACCGACGCCGAUGGUGGCGGAGACAAGCCGCUUCGGAGGCACGGUCUCUUCCUCCCCUUCCUCGUCGUCUUCCUUGCUUGUUGUGACCUCAGCCCCCACAGCUGCCACGCGUGCGUGUGGCGUUGCGAGCGGCGCCAAUGGUGAUGGCCGUGACCUUGAGGGCGAUGUGGAUGCUGUGGGCGCGGUCACGCUGCGAACGCGCCGUGUCGUGAGUGCGUGUGAGACAAGACAUCACCGCCUGCACCGAUGCAACGCAAACGCAGGCGAAGGAAACCCCUUUGCUGCGGAUGCGGACACAUACGCACAUGAUGGUGAUGGUGAUGGUGAUGGUGAUAGUGGCGCUGUCGGAAGGUGGCAGGGCAUUGUUCGAGCCAACAGUGGACCGCGAGACGAAGAGGAUGGUGAUGAUGUUGGCAAGGGUGGCGAUAGUAGUCAUGGUGGUGGCGAUGAUGGUGACGCUGAGGUGGAAAUGCUGCAUGCACAGCUGGAAGAGCAGCUCCAGCUUCCCUCUAACAUCAAACGGUGGUCUGCACAGCACGUCGCCACAUACCUGAAAGGUUGCGGCCUUGGCAUCAGCGAAUCUGCGCUGCAGGCGCUGUCAAACGUCUCUGGUGCUGAGCUCGUGUCGCUCAACAAGGACAAGCUCAGAUACACAUACCAUCUCCAUGAAACAGAUGUCGCAAAGAUUGCGUCGUUAAUAUUUGAGCUGGUGGAUCCUCGUGCCGAGGCCGCCUUUGCGUAAUUGAAAACCCCAGCAGGAAUCGCGCUGACACGCAUAAACGCCGGGUGCACUUGCAUGCACCACAUUGGGCGGGUGAGUGCAACCGCGCGCGUGUGUGUCUGUUGUUAUGUUACAUUGCACGUCCUGCAUUGGUGGGGAUGGGUCCGCCGCCAAAUAAUUUACAUGGCGCACCCGCCUGUGAGCGACUCCCCUUGUGUAGUUUGUAUUCCCACUCGCUUGUUCACAGUAGUGAAGCUUCAUGUGUGCGUGUGUAUGUAUGUGCGUGUGCGUGCGUGUGCGUUGUACCAAAUUAUUACUCUUGCGCCAUGCACGGUUGCAGUGGUGUUGGCUCGGCGCCCGAAGUGUGUUGGGCUCAUGCUGCUUGUACACUUUGAGAAGCGGCCCAAUGUACGCACAUCAUUUCAGUACAUGUUUCAAGUACAG